AGCACGCAACAUCGAAAAUGGUGCACUCUGCCGAUCUCCAGUGGAUGCUGGUCCGCCAGAACAGCCGCUUCCUGCAGAAGCGCGGCGGCAUCCGCCUGAGCAACGACCCGUUCAACAACAACGGCAACUGGACGAAGCGCCAGUCGGGGUUCGUGAACGACAAGGCCGCUGUGGUGAAGCCGGCGAAGGGCGGCGCGAUCUGCGUGACGGUGAAGGACGGCAGCAGCAACAACAAGCCGAAGCAGAUGUUCAAGAAGUCUGUGCAGGCUGCCGGCGUGAAGGCGUCUGCCGUGAGCAAGGCCGUUGCCGCCGUGCGUCCGGACCUGGCGAACGUUGCGUUCCGCCGCGCGCGCCGCGUUGCCCGCAUCGCGAGCCGCACGUCGAAGGUUGCCGCCGCGCGCAAGGCCCGCUCCGAGAAGAUCAAGUUCUCGCGCAAGGCCGUCCGCCCGAAGCACUGA